GAUGGGUUUCUCCAAUCUGUUUCUGGUGCAAUGUGGCGGUCCCGAUCACCAGAUGACUCCAUUUCUCAUGCUAAUGGGAAAACGUUGAGCGAGGCAGCAUCUAGAGAACCUGAAUCACCUUUACCAGUCCAAGAUAAACCCCCGGAACAAGUUACAAUGCCUAAACCAGAAGCUAGAGAGGAAACUAAACCUGAACAUCAGGCGAAACCCAAGAAGCCCCAUCAUAUGAAGAGGGUGUCUAGUGCAGGGCUUAGGACAGAGUCCGUGUUGCAAACAAAAACUGGAAACUUUAAGGAAUUCUAUGCUCUUGGAAGGAAACUAGGACAAGGACAAUUUGGUACAACAUUUUUAUGUGUGGAGAAGGAAACAGGAAAAAGUUAUGCUUGCAAGUCAAUUGCAAAGAGAAAGUUGUUAACUGACGAGGAUGUGGAAGAUGUGAGGAGGGAGAUUCAAAUUAUGCACCACUUGGCAGGAAAUCCAAAUGUUAUAUCCAUUAAAGGGGCUUAUGAGGAUGUGGUGGCAGUCCAUGUUGUUAUGGAACUAUGCGCUGGUGGUGAGCUCUUUGAUAGGAUAGUUCAGCGUGGACAUUAUACAGAAAGGAAGGCAGCUGAGCUUACCAGAACCAUAGUUGGGGUUGUGGAGGCCUGCCAUUCUCUGGGGGUUAUGCAUCGCGACCUUAAGCCUGAGAAUUUUCUUUUUGUGGGGCCGGAGGAGGAUUCACUUCUCAAGACAAUCGACUUUGGAUUAUCUAUAUUCUUUAAACCAGGUGAAAGAUUUACUGAUGUAGUUGGCAGCCCUUAUUAUGUUGCUCCUGAGGUUCUGCGAAAGCGUUAUGGUCCUGAAGCAGAUGUUUGGAGUGCUGGAGUGAUUCUUUACAUUCUGUUAAGUGGAGUUCCUCCCUUUUGGGCUGAAACCGAGCAAGGGAUAUUUGAACAGGUCCUGCAUGGUGAUCUUGACUUUGAUUCCGACCCUUGGCCUGCUAUCUCUGACAGUGCAAAGGAUUUAGUUAGGAGAAUGCUUGUUCGAGACCCUAGAAUGCGGUUGACUGCACAUCAAGUUUUAUGCCAUCCUUGGGUUCAAGUUGAUGGUGUAGCUCCUGACAAGCCUCUGGAUUCUGCUGUACUCAGUCGCAUGAAGCAAUUCUCUGCUAUGAACAAGUUGAAGAAAAUGGCUCUUAGGGUCAUUGCAGAAAGCUUAUCUAACGAAGAAAUAGCUGGCUUGAAAGAGAUGUUCAAGAUGAUAGAUGCUGACAAUAGUGGUCAGAUUACUUUCGAGGAACUUAAAGCGGGACUAAAAAGAGUUGGAGCUAAUCUUAAAGAAUCUGAAAUUUAUGACCUAAUGCAAGCUGCUGACGUUGAUAAUAGUGGAACUAUUGACUAUGGGGAGUUUGUUGCUGCUACGUUGCAUCUUAAUAAAAUAGAGAGAGAAGACCAUCUAUUUGCAGCUUUCUCCUAUUUUGACAAGGAUGGGAGUGGCUAUAUUACUCCAGAUGAGCUUCAACAAGCUUGUGAGGAGUUUGGCAUAGAAGAUGUUCGCUUGGAAGAAAUGAUACGGGAAGUUGAUCAAGACAAUGAUGGGCGGAUUGACUACAAUGAAUUUGUGGCCAUGAUGCAGAAAGGAAAUGUAGUUGCCCCAGCCGCAGGUAAGGCUCUGCAGAAUAGUUUUAGCAUUGCCUUUAGAGAUGGUUUAAAACAUUAGUUGUGUAGGCAGAUAUGAGAUUCUCCUUGUUAAUUCUUUGAGGGAUUUAUAGGAAUGUAUAGUAAAGAGUGCAACUGUUCAUCUCUGAAGCUGCCAAACCAGUGAAACAUGAAGCCACACAAUUUGUUUAGGUUUCAUUUUUCUUCUCUCUUUCCCCCCCCCACCUUUGUUUUUUUGUCUCUAUGGAUUUUGCAUAUAAAGUCCACCUUGUUGUCACAUUCAUGAAUUAAUUUAUCUCUUAUUUAUUGAGGACAA